GGUUAUCCAGCUCCAUUAAUUGAAUCAAAACUUCAAACAGCUUUAAUGAAUGAUGAAUCGGAAUUACCAAGAUUUUAUUGUCGUGCAUGUCCAACUGGUUGUUUGAAUUGUAAAUCAAAUAAAUUAUGCCGUAUACAAUUAGAUUAUAAUUUACUUAGAGCAAUACCAUUAGCUUUUCAAACAUUUUGUAUUACAAUAUGUUUAUUAUUUGGGAUAGCUAUGUUUAAAUUACGUAGAGCCCGA